AUGGAUGCUCCCCCGAAUGAAACCAUCUCUAGUGCUGAUCUGAAAAAACUCACCACCAUCACCAAAAUCGGCUGCGGCUUGUCCAUGUUCUUCCUCUGCAUCGUCCUCUUCAUGCACUUUCUUAUAAGGAGGACCAAGGCCACCGACUCCACCAAGAUCCUGAUCCACCUGGUGUUAGCCCUGUGCCUGCUCGACCUCCUGUUCCUGCUCAACAGCACUGUGGCCGAUAUGAAGAACGCUGUGGGUUGUAAGGCCGUGGCGGCGCUCAUGCAUUACUCCAUGUUGGCCACCUUCACCUGGUUUGCCGUGCAGGCCCUCCACCUCUGCCUGCAGCUGUACACCAAGGGCAACAUUGUGAUCAAUCGUUACGUGCUCAAAGUCUGCCUCGCCAGCUGGAUUACACCCAGUGUGAUCGUGGUGGUCUUGCUCAUCUUGGGCAAAUAUGGUGAACAAGUCAUCAAAACUGAAAACGCUUCAGAAAAUGUGACCAUGUGCUGGAUCACUGAUGGGAACGUCCACUACAUUGUCAACAUCGGCUACUAUGCCAUCGUCUUCGUCCUCACCUUCACCACCUUCACCGUCAUGCUGUCAUGGCUCUGUAUUAACAAGAAAAACCAAAAGGACGACAAGGCGGUUAACAAAAACGAGAUAAGCUUGAUGAGCGUCAUGGGCCUGUGCUGCAUGAUGGGUGUCACGUGGGGUUUUGCCUUCUUCGCCUACGGUGACCUCCGGAUUCCCUCCUACUACAUUUUCACCGUUCUCAAUUCUUUUCAAGGUUUCUUCCUUUUCAUCUACUACUACAAAAGCAGGAGCAGCACGCCGCCAAGGACCUGCGAGAGCGACAACUCAACAAGCGCCAGUCGAACCACCACCAUCGGACCGGAUCUGCUCGGACUCGACAACCCCUACAUCAACACGCCAGGAAAGUAGAAACCAGACUGAGGACGACUGAGGUGUGAGGAAGUCUCCAGCUCCCAGAACGGACGUCGAGGUAGUUCAGAGAAUGAACUGGAGAGUGUACGGAUGUUAAAAUGGGGUAUUUCCUGACUUUAGUAUAUAGCUUUAAUAGUGCAUUUUUUAUUAUAAGCUCACGAUCACAAUAAGGUUUGGAUUAGAAAUAGGAAGGAUUGUUUCAAUUUAAUCAAGAACUCUCAGACCCUUAAAAUUAUCAUAAAAAAGCUUUGAACCGAUGAAUCGUUUAAUUUAUUUAUAAAUUUCCUGCUUUAAC